AUGACAUUUAGUUCGACGAGCAUGAUAGGAGGGGAAGUGAAAGCUGUAAGUGCACCGAGCAUCUCCGAACUAUUGAUGGCUGGAGUAAAAAUUGUGUGGGGAUCAAGCACAAGCUUAUCUGCCAUACGAUUCGUGGACAGAAUUCUAGAAAUUCCAAGAUUAUUGAUUCACAAUGGUAGUGAGCUUUUGUUUAGAAAUAUUGCUGCCUUUGAGCAAUGUCAUGGCUGCUCUUCUUACGUAAACAAUUAUCUUUCCAUCUUGGAUGAUUUUGUGAACGUAUCGAUGGAUGUGGAGUUGCUUGUUAAGAAAGGAAUUUUUAUAAAUAUGCUAACCGACCACAAUGAGGUGUCUACUCUGAUUAACAACCUUGGCAAGGGGGUUGUCAUCUCAGACUUCUAUUUUGGACCGCUACUUGAAAAGGCCGUGGAUCAAAUGGAAAUCCACUUUGAAGAGGCAUUUUUUCAAUUCUUCUUGGGCAACAAACGAGAUGAUCACAUUCGGAAAGAUUAUGGAAUUGAAGCUAACUUUUCAUCCAUCCAGUGGAAAUGGGUCCCUAGGCAAGCCAAUAAAACAACUCAUGAUCAAUCUGAAAGAGGCCUUCAUGUAGGGGUCAUCAUUCGGUCUGUGAGCUCAUGGGCUAAUGAGGGCCUGCCUAGAUCAUCGAGAAAAAGCCUGGGCUAA